AUGCACAAUACAAUCCAGUCACCACCCUCCGACGCUCCAUCUGCAGACAGCCCCAGUGUCCCAGUCAACAUGCAUCUACCAAAACACUCCCCAAAUACUUUACCGGUACCGGACACCAACACCCCAAGUCACAAUCCCAUACCCAUAAUCACCAAACCAAUCUCCCCAUACCACGUACUUAUUGACCCGCGCUCCCAAAUCACCCAUACAAACCCCCCAAAAUCUACACUAAGAAUAACGCAUGCAAGGCUGCAAACCAACAUACUCUCGGCCGAGCAAGCCAAGCCUCGGCCGAACCCGCCCGUGUGGCCAUGCGGACAAGCGCCGGCCCGCUCAAUCUCCUUGGGGUUGGGAGCAGGCGGUGGAGUUACAUGGAAUCAUGUUGCCGUUGCCUUGAUUAUUGCCCGAGGGGAAGAGCGGUUAGACGAAUGGAGGGUCGGAGGGUGA